AUGAGCGAGCGCAACUCGCGCCGUGGCAAGCGACGUGAGGUGACUUUGCCCUAUGAGCAGGCGUACCCAUGGGAAGACGAGCGUGGCUCCACGGUGGACCGCACUGUGGAGGUGAACGCGGAGGCCAAGCGUGUGUACGCGAUGCAGGAACAGUUGCUCCCGACACUCGCACUUGACCGACCGCUGGACCCGGCAGCAAGCGACCACCUCCAGGACGUGGGGCGGCGUGUUUUGAUCCUGCGUGAUACGACAAAGCGGUCACGUAAGACGAAUGAACCAGCGCCGAGUCCGAAGCCGUCUCCCAAGCGCGUAAUUCCAAGUCGAUUCCCUGAAGUCACUCCAGACUUCGAUGAAGAAGAUCGAGGCGAACCAGAUCGAGCGGAAGAGGAGGAAGACCCCGUUGUGACCGACGGCCGCAUUGCGACGAUGCUGAUGGACCAAGAAUGGGAUACCCGCGGGUGGAAUGCUACGAAGAUCCAGGCUGCCGUGGAUACUCUUUACGAGGAGAUUGAGCAUUGCGAGGAUGAUUCACGACGUGAGCUCGCUACCACAAUGCUCCUCCGCCUGAUGGAGACUCACGAAGAUGCUGUGGACUACGUCGAGACAUCCUUACCAACGUUGACCAACAAGGCAUUCCGGACACUCUCCAAACUCACCAACAAUACCAAGAUAUUCCGCAUGGCUCGACUGGUAGCGGUGCUGGCCGAGUGGUUUGCACACGUGCUGUCAAGUGAAAACGCUGCGAACAAGAGCAUCGGAUGUCUGCUACGCGAGACCGAGCUAUGCGCGCGUAUCCUCCAGCACCACUGGCGCGGAGUACUCUUUGAGCGCACAGUGAGUCAACGCGACUACGAUCCUAUUGUGAGAACGCGUCUGCGUUCCAUGCACAUGAUCAAGCUCGUGGAGCUGCGGCACCAGUUCAAGGUGUAUCGAGAAGCUGUCGGCUCCGGAGGAAUUCCAAGUAGUGUAACGCAAGCGUACAUCACUAUACUGUACCAUUUGGCGAAGCUUGAGCGUGACCCCGACGGCAUUUCGAACAAGACUCGCAACACUGUACUCUCAGAUCAGAGACGCAUCCUCGGUUCGGGCUUGUUGGUAUGUCUCGUAUCACUAAUUACUCGACGCCAGAGCCGCGAAGUUAUUGAGCUGGUGAAAGGAAUUGUUGCAAACAUCGUCGAAGGUCAUGGAGACGAGCAGAUUCUCGAGAUUCUCCAGUGCAAUGUCGUGCAGAGGGUGCAACUUGACUUGACGUGCACCAUGGAAUUGAGGAACAAUGGUAAAACCGCUGCCUCAAUCGCUGCACUAGCGAGCUCGCUUAAUCUGCUAUUCUCCAUUUCGAGAAAGGUUCUCCAUGCAACAGAGCAGUGGGGGCACAAAAGUGCUGUAUCAACAACCCCCACUAGCCCUCUCCGAAGAUCUCCUACUAAAGAUCGCUCUCGUGCAGCAACCCCAGAGGAGCGAACCUUCUUGAUGCGAAAGCUGAAGGCUUCAGUGCGCCAGUUCCUGCUGACUGCGGACGUGCUCGACACGCUUUUCGAGGUUUUGCGCUUCUGUCGCGACAAAGACGAUUCAUUGCGAGCACAAGUACUGGAGAUUCUAACUCUGCUAGCGCGGUCACUGGGGUUCUCUCAGCUCCUUGACGCACUCACUAGAUGUGGAGGUCGACGGCUUGAACAAGUUCUACUGUGCAUGAAAGGCCCAAACUUGGUUGUUGUUCAAGCGGCAGUGACGUUAUUUUACGAAAUGACAAGCCGUACUGACGCCAGGCAUGGACUUACGACUGCGGGCGCCGUGCAAAUUUUCUUGCGCUGGUGCCGACCAAGCUUUGAAGCUUCCGAGUCGCGAAUGGCCUUCAUCAUGGCGCUGAUAGGGUGCGCUCUACUAGCAAGGCAAACCGAGCAGGUGAAACCUGUCACUUCGUUGUUAGAGGCUCUUGCAACCUUCGAAGACCGACUGGAUGCAUUUUACACGCUCGUGUUGGAGUUGGCGCUGCAAGAUGAUUCUUCCCCGCGCGCAUCAGAGAAGACGGCAGCUUACUUUUUCUCAGUGAACGCGCUGCCUACUAUCGUGCAGUUUUUGACGCAAGUGUCACCGAGCUGCAUGGAGUCACCCGUGCAGAACUCUCGCCAGCGCAACAUAAGCUGCAUCUUGCUGGGGCGUAUGUGCAAGGCCACGCACGUGAAUCGUGCAUGCUUUUCCGAGGACACCAUCAACCACCUCGCACUUUCCAUUCAGUGCAAUCGGCUUGAUGAAAUUGAGGGGUUGGUAGCGCGUAGCUCAUCGGAGGAUCGCUUCAUACAUCAGCUAGGGUCGAAAGAAGCCUGUAAGGCGCUAAGUCGACUGGCGAGGUGCCCCAGUAACAUGGUAGAUGCUCGACUUCGGCCUUCUAUCACGUCCCCACAAGUUCCCGAGUGGCCCCAAGCUUUAAUUUGCGAUGUCAUGUUCCGGAUGCAUGUGCUGGAAGACUUAAUCGCGCUCAUCCGAACUCCUUGUGACGCCGCAGAUUUUCCUGAAGUCGAGUUAAGCAAGGUUGUUGCUGCAGUGGAGCUGGCGGGGCACAUUCGCCCAAUGCCUUACGGGGAAAGCUCGCGAAACAAGUUUUUGAAGACGCACGCUAACCACCCGCACGGAAAAUAUGCCCAAGAGAAGCUGCAGCAGUUGGUUGAGCUCGUUGCUCCAGCCAUUUUGCACAUUCUACGCGAGAAAAGCAUCGACUUUGACCUUGUUAGUGCGUGCUGCGUAGCGUUGAGUCGGCUGGCUUGCACCAACACGGCUUGCAGCUUAUUGCUCACUCAAGGUUGCCUACAGACAGCGUUGAUCCACCUACCAGAGAUCCUCAUCUCGACUACAACUGGAAAGUCAUCGCCGAAGAAGCAAAGUGUCGAGUUUGAUGCCUCUGUUGAUGAUCAUGGGCUUUUGGAUGUGCCUGCUGCAUUGUACACACUCUUUGGCAAACUCUGUGCAGUAGCUGAUGGUCGAACCGGGAUAAUGCGUGCCCACGUACUUCCUCGCCUGCUGAAGCGCAUGCAACUGCGGCACCCAACCUCAAAAUCCUUUGACGAUGAAUGCAAGAGUGAAAUUGCGGUCGUUAUCGCGCAUUUGGCCAUGGUGAAUGCCGUCGAAGGCAGCACAAGUGAGCUCUUCCUGCACUUCCGCGUGUUAGAACUGCUUACAAAAGUUUUGCAGCAGCACAAGGACCUUGUUAAAAGGUGGAGACUACUUGUUCACGCAGUCAGCGCCAUCGCUGCCUUGAGCCAAGACGUGCUCGUGUGUAUUCCCCGAGUUGUGGCGCUUGGUAUCGUCGAGUUAUUGUUUCCGUUCCUUGCGCGACUUCGCCUCGAUGGAAAUCCAAAUCCUUACCUCGAAUCACUGCAGUACUCCGCGGUAACCACCAUCCGUUCCAUUGCGUCGUAUCCGUUCGGUGAGUACCAUGCGUAUUUGUCAAGUGUCAGAGUGAAGCAGAUCGGCUACGACUUCGCGAUGGAACUUCAGAACAAACCCAUGGCGUUGCGGGACAAAAAGUCUGUCGGUGAGCUUGCUCGGGAGACGAUGGCGUUCAUCAAUGAGCACCAGCAGCGGCAACAGCGACAACUUGAGCAACGUCGCAAAUCGAGCGUCACCAGCAGUGCAGCCACUUCAGAGGCUACGUCGAAUGUCGCCCCUUCAAUCCUUGUACUUGACGGUGGCUCGAAGUCGCCCGUAAGCUUGAACGGGAUCAACAUCGCCUCGACGAGACCUGCCGGUAACAACAAGCCAAGUCUUUCGUCUGAAUCACCCCAUCCUCAUCACCACUACGUCUUCACGAGGCCAAAGCCUAAGCCCAAACGGCGAAACCAGGAUCCCGUCUACAAUCUUAUGCUCGAUCCAUUGUUUGAUUCGACUAGUGGCCCCAUGAAUCCCCGGAAGCUACCCAGCUCGAAGGUAGCGGGUGACGUGCAGCAUCCUAAAGAGGAGGAUUGCGACUAUAGCUUCUCACAGGAAGCUGAUCGCUUCGGGCAUUACGUGAACGUACAGGCACGCCGCGACAAGAAAGGAGACCGAUACUUCCCGUCUCUAGGCCGAAUUGUCACCUCGGAUCGACACCUGUAA